AUGGAGUUGAGCAUUGUGAAAUCUGAGGCAAGCGCCCGAAGCAGGAGCUAUUGCUUGGUGGAAAGUGAUGUGCCAGAGACGAAAUGUGUAAGAAGACGAAGAAGAUCUCCAUCAGCGAUGACAGUACUUACUGGUGAGGCUAGUCCGGGAGGGCGUGAUCAGCAGCAGCCACAAAUACAGCAGGUUGAUCAAAACAAUGGUGCAAAUGCAACUACAACAGUUAAGAGAAGUUCAAGAUUUAGAGGAGUUAGCAGACAUAGGUGGACAGGACGUUUUGAGGCUCAUUUAUGGGACAAAGCAUCCUGGAAUGCAACACAGAAAAAGAAGGGAAAACAAGUUUAUCUUGGGGCUUAUGAUGAAGAAGAAGCAGCAGCAAGAGCAUAUGAUUUGGCUGCAAUCAAGUAUUGGGGGACCUCAACUUUCACCAAUUUCCCGACAAGUGAUUAUGCAAACGAGAUUGAGAUAAUGCAGAAUCUAACAAAGGAGGAGUACUUGGCCUCUUUAAGAAGGAGAAGCAGUGGCUUUGCAAGAGGAGUAUCCAAAUAUAGAGGGGUUGCAAGACAUCAUCAUAAUGGUAGAUGGGAAGCAAGAAUAGGCCGAGUUUUCGGAAACAAGUAUCUCUAUCUUGGUACCUAUGGUACUCAAGAAGAAGCUGCAAGAGCUUAUGACAUUGCAGCAAUUGAAUAUAGAGGAAUCAAUGCCGUUACUAACUUUGACUUGAGCACUUACAUAAAAUGGCUAAAACCAGGUUCUAGUUCAACAGCAUCUCAUGAUCUUCUAACAUCCCAGCCUGUUGAAACCGCAUCUAUUCACAACUUCAAUCUGACUGAUCAUCAGGAGCCUCAUCGUCAUGAGUUCUCCUUCAACCCUAAUUCUUUCAAAUCAGGACCGUUAUCUGUACCUCAAAAACAAGAAGUUAUCGAAAGAAAGAUGCCUCUUAGCCCUUGUAGCAUGUCAUCAUCCCCUACUGCCCUCAGCCUACUCCUCCGAUCCUCGAUGUUCAGAGAAAUGGUGGAGAAGACUUCUAAUGCUGAUAAUGAUGAUCAAAAUGAUGGAAAUGACUUGAAGAAUCAACCAGUGCAAGGUGGUGGUCAUCAACAAGAUGAUUUCUCAUUCUUUCCGGGAAGUAGCCUGAGUUUUCCUUAUUUUUAUCCUUUCAACAGUGGCCAUAAGUUGCCUGAAUUGGCAUCAGAGGAGAAGAGAGUAUCUCCAUUUAGCGCAUCACGGUGGAAUGAUGCCUUCAAUACCUCACCCUUCUUCAAUUCAUAGACAAUUAUUGUAAGAAUUAUAUG